AGAGUGCCCUGAGAUUAGAAAGUGCAAGAAAUCAGCGUUGCACACAUAAUUGUACACGUGCCGUGUGUGGGUACAUUUGUACCCCAUACACAUCAUCUGCAGGAGUUUCUAUUGGUUCUGACAGAAACACAUACCAUCACAUGACCCAUAAGCUGACCCUUUACCACACAGACCUUUGAGCUUGACCUUAAUUUCCAUUGAACAUAAUUAUUGUGGAUUACAUUCAAAACACAGCAUUCCAAUUAUCCACAGAAAACAAGUUAAAAGCAGAUGCCACAUCAUAUUAAAAAUGUAGUUUUGGACCUGUCCCUUUAAAGGCCCCCAUUAUCAAACAUACCACGUACCAGUUGAAGUAGUGGGACCUCCCAGUUCCCAGGCACCGCCUGGUUUCCUCUUUUGUGUGUGUGUGUAUGUGUGUGUGUGUGUGUGUGUGUGUGUGUGUGUGUGUGUCUGACUGCCACUAGAAAGGAAUAUACAGUCUUUUCAGUGUGGAAGUUAUCUCAUCGUAUCCAGUAGAAAAACACGAGAUCAUAAGAUAGAUUACUAUAAUCUCUUUUUUAAAACUUAUGCUCAGAGAAGUAUCAUCUAGCUAUGACUUAUCGUCUGUUUGAAGGCAAGAAGCAUGCUUCUUCCUACUGGAAAUACAGGAUCUCUCCAUCAGAUCAUCUAAUACAACAAGUGCUUGACUUUCUGGAAAAACAGAAAGGUCAUCCCUUUGAGCUGGCAGUGGAUGUGGGUUGUGGCUCCGGACAGGGGACAGUGCUGCUGGCUAAACACUUUGUCUCUGUGGUGGGGACAGACGUUAGUCCUGCCCAGGUGGAAGUGGCUCUGCAGAAUGCUAAAGAGCCAAACAUUACAUAUAGACAGUGUAUGGCCGAGGAGCUACCAUUUGCUGACAGCUCAGUGGACUUGAUGACAGCCAUGUCUGCCUUCCACUGGUUCGACCGACCACGCUUUCUCCAGGAGGCCCACAGAGUCCUGAAACCCCGUGGCUGCUUGGCUUUGCUCAACUACACCAUUGACAUGGAGCUUAGCUACCCUGACUGCUGCUCACACACACUCAACCAAGUGUGCAAAGAGUUUUAUGCAGCCUUGCAACCUUACCGCAGUCCCCACCUUGGACCCAGCUCUAUUGAGUUAUACCGGGAAGCCUAUAAAUCAAUCCCUUACCCUGAGAAGGAGUGGCAAGAGUGUGUAUGCGUGAAAAGGUCCAUGCCUCUGUCCAGCUACAUGGGGUUGGUGGAGUCUUUCUCCAGCUAUCAGGCUCUGCUGAGAGAAGACCCGCAGAAAGCCACCAGACUCUCCCAGGACAUAUGUGAAAGGUUGAUGUCUAUAAUGAAGGUGACCUCUGUGGAGACAGAUGUGGUGGUGGCUGUGAAGUAUUUCUACCUUCUGGCCUGCAAACCACAGGAAGCCUGACUCUUGUCAGCACUCGCAGUUUCAAAAAAGUCAUGAAUGUAGUUGUGGACACAGAAACUUGAGCUACCCCCCAGUUAUUUAUCAACUUUUCUGUGAGCUAGUAUGUUAGAUGUCUGUUACUUAUGUAUAAUUUUGAACUGCCUACAAAUACCACAAACAGAAUAGUUUGAUAUUUUGGGAAAUACUGUUACUCACUUUCUUGCUGAGAGAUAGCUGAGAAGAUUGAUACCACUUUAAUAUGGUAAAUAUGAAGCUGGAGCCAGCAACUGGUUAGCUUAGCUUAGCACAGAGACUGAAAGCAGGGGGAAACAGCUAGCCUGGUGCAAAUAUAUAUAUAUUUUUUUUAUAUUUUUUUUUAAACAUGUUUUUACAUGUUUUUUGCAAGAAUCUAAAAACGGAGAUAUAAUGUGUUGAUUAGUGAGCUUUAGAGGUGCUUGUAGGAAGAUUUCUUUCUGUGUGUGUGUCCUGUCUUUAUGCUCAGCUAAUCUAACCUGCUGUUGGCUCAUCAACAAAAUGUACCAUACAGACAUGAAAAGGGUGUCGGUCUUCUCAUCUGACUCUAACAAUCUAACUCGGGCAAGAGAACCUUCUGAAAAUCUCAAAAUAUUGCUUUAUAUUCUGUGUUGGUAUGUUGUACAGAUGAUCAGCUUUUAUACAUUUACUCUUUGCUAGUAAGGUGUAGAUUUGUGUUUGCUUCAUGUUAGCAGUAGCUACACUUGAAUAUUGUAAAUGAUCUGUUAUGUCAUUUUAUAAGGAAUUACCUUCUCUGUAGGUGUAUGUAAUAUAUAGAGAGGGUGUUUUAAAAAAUACCACUAGAGGGAGACAUUUGAUCAAAAUGCAUGGGACUCAUCAUCAUAGGCAAUGACAGAUACAGUAAAAUGUUAACUGUAUGUAAACAAAAUUGAUAUUGUGUAUGUUUUAUUAUUUUGUUCUAUACAAUAGUGACACUUAAGGAAAUUGUCCUGCUGAAAGUCCACUGUGUUGUUGUCAGAGUGGAGAUAAAGCCGGCUCCUUUAGAGAGAAGUCAGGCACUUUCAGACUUUCUUUCCUGGCUUGAAGGUCUCGUCAGAAAUUCAAAUUCCUAUGAUUCUGGUCAUCUGGUCAACAUACCUGACAGGAUAUGGCUGAUGCAGGGAUAAGCUGGGUCAGCUGCCUGUAGCUCUGUAACCUAGCAGGGGACCACAACCACCAACCAACCCAUUCUUGUGGGCUGGAAAAUGUCACUCCAAAACUCUGUCACCGACCGACAGUAUCUUUGUAAGUUGCACCCUGUGUCAGAUUUAUUUCCACCUAUGAAAAUGGCUUAUUGAAAUGAAUGAAAAUGAUUAUUGAUCUGAUCUUAUGCUAUUUAUCCAAAAGGAAGUGUUAGAGAAAGGGAUAAUUUAAAAUCAGGGUUGUCACACAUUUGGGCCAACACAGUAUUUUACUUUUCUUACAUUUGAUACAUCUACAUAUUAACAAGAUACUGAAGGGGAAUAUAUAAAUUAAGAUUUUUGUCAGCGCUCCAUCUUCCUUUUCUAAAAGCAGACUACAUACACAGUCCAACACAAGGUCAUUAGGUUAUGUUCCAUGAAAGUUUCUCAUAGCAGUGACUCUGACUCACUAAGAACCUCGAGAUAAUUUCACUUUUCAUUUGAUUUUUUUAGAAACCCAUCUCAACCCAUCAGACUCAGAAUUUAGGAUUCAUAUCCUUGUUAUUUUUAGAGAUGUUGUACUCACAACAUGUUGGUAAGUUAAUAAUUCAUGUAAAACAGUUCACGUGGAAAACAUUGAGUUAAAAGAAUACACAUUUCAUUUGAAUAUUUUAUUAGUGAUUUGUGAAGUAAUAAGUACACCUUGUAGUAAAAGGACUUCACUACCCAUAAUGCAUAAAGCUGAAAAGAAAAGGGCAAUGUUAUGGACAUGGUUAGCUUUAGCUCUUGCCAAAGUUAUGCACCCUUUGUGAUCUUGAGCCACCUUGAGUGAGUAACCUAUUUCAUUCACUAAAGGUGAGGUGAUUUUAAGUCCAGAGUCUCGUCAUUUUAAAGUUAGACUAAGUUAUAACACUAGGAGCUUUGUCACACAGUCUCACAGAAGUUGUUGUUAGUUGUGUUUGUGAAGCUUUUCAUGCCCAUGUGGAGAUGCUCUCAGCAACCAACGCCUGAAAAAUAUGCUUUGACAGAUUUUUUCUUUAUCCACUUUCUUCCAAACAGAAACAUCCAAGAUUUUGCUUCGCUUGUGUGGUCUUGGCCUCUUUCUUGGAUUUUGAAUCAUAGUCCAUGUUGGAAACAUUUAUUGCAAGCACAUUUUAGUGUUGGCAAUGCAGAAAUGUUACUGCAAGCCUUCAGUCCUUUUGUGCUAUCGGUAGCUGCUGGCAUGACUCGAGGCCAAGACCGGACUCUGAUUGACACAGAUGUUCUUUGCGGGCAUGUUUGUAUUGUCUGCACCUAGUAGCACAUGGGUUGUCACUUUGUAUAGUUUAGUAGUUUAGCCUUGAGCUAUUUCAUUUGCCAAAUUCUACCCUACUAAAGCCAUCAUAAUAAUACGCAAAAGUGCUUUCUUGUUGGAUAAAACAUGAUUUGGUGCCCUUUACGGUGGCCAGUGUGCAAGGUAUUGUGAUAUAUGUGCCCUCUAGGUUUCAAUACAUGCUAGAAAAUUAGUAGUAUUUAAUAGUUAUUCUUUAUACUUUAAAAGAGUGUGUAUGUUUCUAGUCAUUUCUUUGGUGAAAUAAACUGUAUCACUGAUCAAAAAGGUAAACAUUUGUAUUAGGGAUCAUAAUGUUCCUGUAGGUUUGAUUCUUCUGUUGACCUGCAUGCAAUGAAGUGUGAGAUAUACAAAAUAGCAGAAGUUAUGUGUGUAGCAGAGUAAGAAGCAGCUUCAGUGCUGCUGUAUUGUGGGCCUGACUAGAUAAACACUCAAAUGUAUUAGCAGCUGCUGUGAAAAGUGCCUAUUAAAUCAUUACAGUUUACCCGUCAAA